AUGAAGCACUGGACGGAAGCGCUAUGUGCUGCUCUAAUCUACGCACUUCUUCAAACUACCGUCAGCCACAAAGAGCAUGAUAGUUACAAGCAACGUUCAGGAAUGAUGACUGAGGAAGAUAUAAAAGAAUGGACAGCAUUUAUGAAAAUACUGCGAGACAGCUCGAUGACAAAGGAGCAGAAGUUAGAAAAAGUUCAAGAAAUACUCGAAAAUAAGAGCCCAGGAAGUGCGGUCAAAGCACUGAUGAGCAACCUCAACAACAAGGAGAAGAAAGAAUUGUAUAGGCUAGAACAGCUGCACAAGAAGAAAGCUGAAGAGCUGGGUGUGCAAAAAGCGAUAUCACGAACGUAG